UUUUUUUUGUUUCAAAAAUGUACGUUCCCCUUUUCUUUUUCAAACUGAAGUAUGGAGCGCGCAGAUACUGAUGUUCACCAACAAAACCAAAGUAUUUCUUUUGAACUUCAGGAACAUGACAUCACCGAGAUCGGCGAAGAAGACAGUAGUGAUGAAUCGAUGAUCGAUAUUGAAAACGAUCUUAUCAAUGAAAUUCACGAGAUCAUAGACGACAACAGCGAGGUAGCCAAUAGCCAACAGAAAGCUGUAGGAGAAAUAAAAGAAGUUGAGGCAGAAAGUGAAGAAGAAAGCUCAGCACCUAAAGAACAGCUUGUCUGCACAGAUACACGCUCCAUGGAUGAUGAUUUUAUCAGUUUAAAGCGUUUUCGUGAAGACGGAACAGAAGAAGAGCAUAAAGAACGUAAUAAGCGCAUGCAUGGUUCUGGCAUCCUAUUUACUCGAGAAGCCUAUCAGAAAUACACUACAACAGAGGAAGUAGAUAAAGAAUACAAGCAUGAUUGGCAAGCCAUUUUACAGCUGGAAGAAUGGAUUGAACAAGAAGGCAUUGUGCCACGACAGCCAAAACAAGUUGAACCAGAACCAGCUAAGGUUCCUGAAGCAUCUGUCUUACCGUUACCUGUGGUUGAAGCAGAACCAGCUCCUGACAAUGUGCCCCAUAUUGGGACAAGCCCAUUAGAUGCAUUAAUGAUGAAAGAAAAAAAGGGAAGAGUAACAAGACAACAAAAGCAGAGAAUGAAUGACUUAAAAAUUGCUGCAAUGGCCGCUGGCAACAACGGACAAUCUCCUUCUUCAUCAUCAUCAGAGCGCUAUUCUCGAUAUACAAAAGAAGAACACAUUAAGUUUAUUGCUAUCAAUGAAAAAAAGAAAAAAGUAACUUCCUUUUCUGCUAUAAUACACAUACUCAGACUGUCGUUUUCUUUAGGGUAUUGAAAUAUCUGAAUUGGAUGAUCAAUGGUUUAGAGAUGUAUGUCAAGGAUUAGCAGUAGAAAAAGAUGAAUUUAUGAAAGAUCAAUGCGCAAAAGCAGUAGAAUCUGGCAUUUAUAGCACUUCAAAUCCUAAAGUAGAGCAAAUGUUUCAAAAUUAUUAUAAACUAGAAUUAGAAAGACUAAAGCUAUACCCAGUAAGUGCAUCGGUCUUAAUACAAAGAUGACCAAUACUUGAUUUAUAGCAAUUUUACAAAUACUUCCACCUGCUUAAUCUUGUGCCUGACCCACGAAAUGAAAAAUCGCUCUUGUUGUUUAAGAGAAGCUUGGGAUCCAAAGUAAGUUAAUAGGCAUUGUGUCUUUUUAU